AUGGUCACUUGUACGAAGUGGUUCCGAAAACAUGAAAAUAUCCAACUCAUCAUGACUAUCAGUUCUGUUGUCCUGGGUCUUCUGCUGGGUUUUAUAAUCAAGACCGCUCACCCUGACAUCAGCCCACGAACGGUGAAUUUGGUCGCUUUUCCCGGAGAACUGCUAAUGAACAUGCUCAAAUUACUCAUCAUUCCUCUGAUCACUUCGAGCCUCAUUUCAGGCCUUGCUAACUUGGAUGUCAAAUCCUCGGGAAAAAUCGGAACCUACGCCCUACUCUACUAUGCUACGACAACCCUACUCGCAGCAAUUCUCGGCAUUGUCCUCGUGAUGGCUAUUCAUCCUGGAAGUCCUGCCGUAAAGAAGGCACGUGGUGCUGGUACGAUGGCCACCACAAAUGGCCCCAACACCCUGGAUGCCAUUAUGGAUCUGUUCCGGCCCCAGCCGCUAUCCGAGAUGAUCAGUGGACUGUUGCAGGGAAUCGACGUCUACACGACACUAUCUUACUGUACGGGACUCGAUGCUGGACCUAGGUCGUAG